ACACGUCCGCCUGCGCGCAAGUGUUUUCGGGCGGCUCAGUUCUCCACCGGCCGGCAUCUUGACUGGACGUCCAGCACACGACGGACAAAGCGUACGGCGGCGUGCGUCUCCGCUGCGCCAGGGAAAGGAGUCAUAGAAGAGUGACAAAUAAGAGCGGACAGGAACACCCGUACACUCACUACUCCCAUCCACUAAAGCGUUCAGGUGGCGUGCGCACUACAACAGUAAAUUUGUCUCCGGACCUGCCUUCACUAUGCAUUCAGCAGCUCCCUAAGCUCGACGACACUAGCAAACACAAACAAAAACAACCGGGCGACGGAAGGUACAAAGGCAACCACAGGCAUAGGGGUAGGAGCGCGGUGCGAAAGCGAAAGCGGCGGCUACAACUAUGCCACCGGCAGCGUCGUCGGGACGGCGGGGCAAUGGGACGGCGGCACCAGCGCACCAGCAGCGCAAGGGCAAGGGAGGUGGCGGUGGCAGCGGCGGUACGGUUGUGAAGGGUGAGGGCUCUGGCGCUGCCCGGGCGCCCCAGGACCCGGACGAGGAUACCAAUGCCGGCUUCGGGAAGUAUUUAAGAUCGCAGGAAGGAAUAGAAAUGAUGAAGCUGUUCGUGAUCGCUAACACGAUUGUGGUGUUUGUUACGAUGGCCUGGCCCCAGAUGCAGCAGUCUUACCGCAUUUUGCGCUCGCUUCUGUUUAGCGACGAGGACGACGAUGCUGGCGAACUCUAAA